ACUACGUUUCCGCCUACUUUCAACGUGUCAAUACUGCCGUAAAGGAGCAACUGACUGUCGCACAUUCUUAUUAGUAUCUGCGUUAAAUCCAGAUAGGAGAAAACGUUACUUAGCUCCCUGGCUGAAGCAGAGAUUUGUGCCGGUGUACUGCUCACAGGUUACCUGAAUGUAACGAGGCAGGGUCAGGAUGGACUUCAAGAGGACGGUACUAGUGACAGGAGGGUCCGGAUUCAUGUGAGUCUGAAAACCAAAACAGACCAAAAUAAAUGCUCCUGAUCCACAUCUAAGUGGAAACACCUCAUUUACAGCGUGUAUUACUUGAUUAUCAUUAGUCUGCAGAAGCCAAAAAACAUUUACAAACUUGGAGGGCCUGCUUACUGGGAAACUUUUGACUCUGGUGACAGAGAAUUUCUUAUUUAUCUAACGUCUUUUUUUAAAGAUCCAGAAUCUGAUAUCUUAAAUAACUUCAUUUAUCCUGAAAGUCGUAUGUAUCCAGAAUGAUUUUAUUAUUCCAGAAUUUCAUUUAAUGAGAAUAUUUUCACUGAAAGGACAGCAGAUAUAGCAUGUGAUUAUAUGUGGACACUGAUUCAGGCUGAGGAAAUACACACCUAUAAUAAUUUAUAUAUGUUAGUUCACAGUUGUUACAGAGGUUUUCUUUGCUACUCAAUUUGACAAACGACUUUAUUUUAUCUGAAUUAACGUGGAAAUGUCACAAAAGAUCAGUUUUAAAAUAUAUCGAGUCAGUUUAACUUUAUAAAAUCUGUUUUUACUCCUCUAGAUUAGGUGAUUAAUUCUGUGUCUGAUGUUUACUUGCAGUGGCUCUCACCUCAUCUGUUCAUUAGUCUGCAGACACCCCAACUGGAGGAUCAUUAACUUGGACAACGUAGGUGUUCACUGAGUGUGUGUCUGAGCUCAGAUCUUUCACAGUACAAUAAUAUUCAGAUGUAUGAUGUAAAUGACGUGCUCUGACUGAUCUCUCUGCAUGUGUUUGUAUGUCUGUAAAACAGCUGGAUUACUGUUGCAGUCCCUGGAGUCUGGAGAGCGUUGAGAACAGAACAAAUUACACCUUAAUCAAGGUGAGUGUACACACACGCUAUGUGUAAUAACUAUACAAAUACACAAGAGUGUGUGAGGUUAUUUUCCUGAUGACAUAAUAAUCAGAGUGUGCAUUGUGUGUGCUUUGGUGAUAUUACUGUGUGUUUCAGCUGUUUUGUUUUAAAUACUCUAAAGUCUCUCUCCCGGUUCAGGGGGACAUAUGUGACUCUCUGCUGGUGAAUCACAUCUUUCACACUCAGAACAUUGACGUGGUUUUUCACCUGGCAGCUAAAACACAUGUUGGUAAGAAACACUGAAUGUAGGGGAGAUAGGGGCUUGUUGUCACAGGGGUAAGUUGUCACAUUGCAAUUAUUUUUGCCACCAGAGGGCAUAACUAAAAAGUGGAAUACGAGUUUUCUUCCUUUACAUGGACAGGGGUUGUUUCCUGUCUGAGAAGAGAAGAGCACAUUGUGAGCUGAGAUGAGUGCCAAUUAACCAUUACGCACAACCCAAAGUAAAAAAAAUAACCUUAUAUAUUUUAAAAUAAGCUUCUUCCAGAUAAAAAUCCUAGCAGUGAUACAUGUGGACUUGUUAGAGGAGAGAUUAAGACAUCCUGUCAUACCUCAGUCAUUGUUCUGUUUUAAGCUAAUGUUAAGCUAGAGCUUUAAUUAGCAGACAUGGUAGUUUGGGGCAAUAUGUCUCAGUCAUUUUGGGGUAAGUUGUCACAUGUCUAAAAGAGAUUAAAUUAUUAUAGAGAGUCUGCUUAUCAGUAGUUGUCAUAAUGAAAUUUUGACUUUAUUUUUACAGAGAAAAGAUUGGUUUAAAGGAGAGGAGAAAGUGAGAGGACAUGGUCAGGAAUUUCAAAAGAAAAACAGAACAUGUCAGUGCAGUGCCUGAUGUGAUGCUAAGGGCAGUCAGGCAGGUGACCCUAGCUAAUAAAUCAAUCUGGAGUACAAUAAAGGACUUAAAUGUCAACUACCAUACCUUGGCUCAGUACUGCAAAACAUUCACCCCAGCCGAAAUACAGAGUCAGACAGAUCUUCAAACUCCAGAGCAUGUUGCAUAAUAUUUUAUGGUAACGUUUGUUCAAUGGCUAUGUUCAAUGACUUUUCUGGCUCAGUGAUAAACAUUUUCUGUGCCUGACUUUGAUGUUCACUUUCAAGUAAAAAAACGAGAACAACAAUAAUUUUGUCCUUGUUUUAUUAGCUACAAAAUCCACUGUGACAUCUUACUUCAUGAAGUGAGACAACUUACCCGAUGGUGGGUCAACAUGUCACAUGUUCACACUCUCUAUGUGAUUGCUUAUAACUCUGCACUGACACAAGAUAUGAAAAUGAUAUGAAUAUGAAAUAUAUACCUGAGACUUUGGUCUUUUGUGUGGUACACAUUUUGUUUACAUAUGAUGUAUUUAUUCCGAGAAAUAUAUAAGAGUGUAAAAAGUUUGACAACAAGCUCCGUUCUCCCCUACACCUGACACAUAGAGAAGGCAGUCAACUGAUUAAAUUUUAUAUUUAAAAUGAAUGAGCAAGAAAAACUCAGAAUGUAGCUUCAAGUAAGCAAUCAUAAAGAAACAGUAAUAAUAUAUGUGUUUUGUUCUAUUAUUUUAGGUGCUUCCUGUGUGAAUGGAUUACAAAUACUAUACAAUACUCAAUAAAACCAAACUUCCUGAUGCUCUGGUUCAGAUGCUCUGGUUAUAAGCGAUAAGAUGUUUAAUUAUCUGUAAUAGGUUGAAAUGAAGUGUUAUUAAUAAAAUAAUUGGUGUGUUUAUUAUCCGUCAGAGACAUCGUUUGAGGCCCCGCUCAUUUUUCAGCGGGUUAACGUGGAAGGAACUCGAGUUUUAUUGUCAGCUGCUUGUCACGCUGAACGAUCACUACAUCGAUUCAUCUAUGUCAGCACGGAUGAGGUUUAUGGAGCCACCAGCCAGCAGGUAAAUACACCUUUCCAACCAACAAACACUGAAGCUUUCUGGGAGAGUACAGGCGAUUUUGAUUACAGGUGUCAUCGGAGUGAAGCACUCUGGGAGAUUACAGAUGUUAUCUGUUGGCAGGUGUUUGAUGAGUUGAGUCCUCUGAAACCGAACAAUCCGUACUCUGCAACCAAAGCUGCUGCAGAGAUCCAGGUGCUGUCCUACUGGGAGAAAUAUAAGGUACACACACACGUACACACACGUACACACACACACACACACACACACACACACACACACACACACACACACACACACUCAAUCAUUCUCCCACUCUCAGGAUCAGGCUGUGGAGUUUAAGUUUUGUUCUGAUGAGAGGUCCUGUUUUGUGUGGGUUUUUUUUUUCCAGUUUCCUGUCAUCAUCACGCGCAGUAACAACAUUUACGGCCCCCGACAGUUCACAGAGAAGGUAACUGCAUCCCCUGUUAGCCUCUGAUCAUCCACAUUUACCUCAUUAUAUAAGCAAAGUCCAUUGACAGUUCCCUACUUGGUUUUAGCUGACUGUCACUAUUCCUUGUGGUGAAACUUUUGUUUUUUUUUCCACCUUUAGGUGAUUCCAAGAUUCAUCUCACUCCUACAGCACAACAAGAAAUGGUACGCCCGUUACACUGCAACUCAGUGUUACACACAAUCUAACACUUUACUCAGUAUCGCACUACACUGUAAAAAAAAAAAAACACACACUGUAAUACACGAUCACACUGCGACACUGUCACUCAAUAACACUGUGACACUGUCACUCAAUCACAUUAGUCAUAAUACUGACUAAAUUAACAUACAAUCACACCGUAUCACUCACACAGAAUCAUACAAUCACACUGUAACACACAAUUGCACUGUAACACAGUCAUACUGUUAAAACCAUAACAUACAAUCAUACUGUCACACCAGUCACACUGUGACUUAGAAACAUUCUAUCACACACAAUCAAUCACACUGUUACACUGUAACAAACAAUCAUACUGUCAAAGCUGUUAAACACAACCACACUAUCACAUUGUAUCACACAAUCACCCUCUAACACUGUGAAUCAGUUACACAGUCACACACUGUACCAGUCUUACACUCUAAGACACAAUAACUCUACAACUCUGUAAUACUUAACAUGAAAAAACACCAUUACAUUAUCACACCAUAACACACAACCACACAGUAACACUGUCACACACACUCACAUUGUAAUGCAGACAAACUGUAAUUAACAAGCACACCCUCAUACUUUAACACUGUAACACAAUAGCACAAUGCCACACACAUUGUAAAUAUGAUCAUGUUGUCACUCUGAAACACUUUUUGAGUAUUAGUUUGAAAAUGUAACCAGUAAAGUUCCUGAUUGAUUGAUAAAAUUUCUCUUUUCCCCCUCUUUUCUUUCGCUCUCUCUCUCUCUCUCUGUUUGCUCUGUUUGCUCGCCCUCAGCACCAUCCAGGGAACAUUGCCUAAAUCUCGCCAUUUCCUGUUUGUGGACGAUGCUGUUGAAGCCUUCUUGCUACUGCUGGAAAAGGGGAUUGUGGGAGAAAUCUAUAACGUUGGCUCGAGCUGUGAGGUUCCCAUCAUGCAUCUGAGCAGAGAGCUAAUAAAAAUGGUGAGAUAAAGACAAACAGGAGAUGACGUGAAAUAGGACAGGUGACAAAUAUAUUAACCCUAAAUGUAUUUGUGUGUAGGUGAAGAAUGUUCCAGAUUCUGAGGUAAAUGACUGGCUGGAGUUUGUACCUGACAGGUGAGAACACUGUGAUUAUACAGGUAAAUCACACAAACCCAGAGAAUGGUGACGUUAAAAACAUUUAAAAAUAAUCUUCUGAAAAAUCUGUCUGAAAUCACCUGAGUUUAUGUACACUUGAGUUUGUUUAUGUUUGAAUAUGCUUCAAACCUGAGUGUUUUUAUUCCUGAGUUUAUUCACACCUGAUUCUGUAAUCAGUUGAGGUUUUUUUAUAACUGUAUAUAUUAACACUUGAGUCUGUAAAUACCAGAUUUUUUUUAUAGCGGAGUUUAUUUAUGCCUGAGUUUACUAACACCUGAUUGUAUUAAAGGGAUAUUCCGGCGUAAAUUUAAGUUAUGGUCAAACACACUGUAACACUGAGUUAGACACCCCCUCGAGAGAUGAGUGUUACCAACCACUUGUUUCUCUAGUUGUACCAACUUUAGUAACGACCGAGCGAUAGAAAAACACAGCCGUCUACAUCCCCACGCACAAACCUCGGCCAAAACACCACUCCAUAGCCACAAAUAAUGCUCAGAACAGCACCUAACUUCAUCAACAGUACAUGUAGGGUCCCAGCCAUAGUAUUAGCCACCAAACAGCUUCUUAGCUUUGCCUAAUUUCUUUAACAAAGAGGCCAAACAAAACUCACCCACUCUCGUCCAUCAGCCGCUUGUUUGUGGGGGAGCCUUAAUGAGUCGAUCACCGAGCACAGUAGAGUUUCGCAGUUCAAGGAAGAACAUUUUUGAUCAUUACUUAAUAGAAAUGCAAUCAGACCAAGACGCUAAGGCAGAAGAACUACCGCGGCUGCAGUGCAAAAUGAUUAUGAUUAUUAUUACUUUAUGGAAAUAAUCUGCUUUACAUAUACACUUUAACUUCAUAAAGAGUAAUGGCUCUAUUUUCGUGCUUCGCCGGAGACAUGGCCCAGGGGCAGCGUAGGUCAGGUCCCCCGCGCCGACAAGGCGUUCCCAAGCACAAUUUGGUAUUUUGGUGAGCGGCGCAGCCCGGCAUAAGUAUCCCCUCUCCCAAACUCAGCUCCUUCCGGCAGCGUAAGUCAUAGCGAGGUAGGAGAGAGGGCAUAGAGUGGGUUUAAUACAGCCGAGACCUGUAUUGACCAAUAACAUCAGCUCCUCUCCUCGCCUUUAAAUCUGCCACCGGCGAGGCGUAUUACUAUUUUCGUGAAGUAGUCAAAGAGAUCAAGAGAUGUCUGAAGACAACAAUGCCACAUAAUGGCGACAGAAGGCAGCCCCUCAACAAAUGUCGCUGUAAGAGCUGCAGAGGGCGUCCUUCACACUCUCAUAUGAACACAGAUGGGUUUGGUGUGUGUUAUGUUGGAUCCACAAGUAAGACAAACAUCCCUUUCAACAAAUAAUGACACAUAAAGUUGCACAUAUUCAAACCUUAUGUGACAAAGAUGGGUUGUGCGCAGAGAUCACAUCAUAAAUUCCAAUAAUGGCAUUGAAAUUUGAACCAUCUGUGCGUAAUGACGCGUCGCGCUCCGUGGCCUGGCUCUUUCUUUCAUAGAUGUUGGCAUAUAAAAUAAAUUUGGCUCACAAAACUGAAUAUUGUAAUAUUCGUAUGUAGGCUUAAAGUUAAUAACUCAUCUGAUCACUGAAACAAAUCAUCUGUUCAGCCGCCGCAGCAGCAGCUGCAGCAGGACGGGGAGAGGACACGAAGACAUGUCCAGGUCGAGCUGCGCAAGAAAUAAGAGGAAGAGGAAGAAAGAAAAGGAGGGAGACGAAUUACAUAUCUUGUUAACUUCAUCAUGUGUGUCUAUUUACUAGAUAUCUAAUUUAAUUUAAUGCGGUUUCAGCUGUUUUGAUUCGUUCAGGUUGUGUGUCUAAACAACUGCCAAACACGCUUAUCAGAUCAGAUAUAGAUCAGAAUAUAUCUAUAUAGAUCUAAAUGUAUGUGCUGACUCAGAUUAUUUGUUGAUGAUUAUUUAUUGCACUGAAAUGUGCCUGACACUGUGGAAACCUGCCAGUGAGGCAUCGGUGACGGCGGGCACGAAAAUGUCACUGCGGCAGCUGAUUCUGUUGACACCUCCCUCUGCUACGCCACCACGCCCAGCUUGGCAGACCUCAGUGCGCCAGACGGAAAUACCACUGCGCGGGGUCUGCCACCCUCCACCGCCUCACCAGCGGACACGGAAAUAGAGCCCUAAGUCUGUAUGAGAGUAGACAUUGUACAGACUGAUCAGCUACACACGAGGGAGAUUUUUUUCAGAGCAGAAAAAUAAUAAGUAUUAUAAUCAUCAGUAAUUUAGCUCAUUACUGAGUGACCUAUUGCUGCAAUUUUUAGUUCAUUUUUAGUUUAGUUUAGUUUUAAUCCCGCCAUCCACACAGUCUGCCCACAGCAGGCACUGAGUUACCACCACAGUUGUAGCCGCUAUGCAUGAUGGUGCCACACUUAAACAAAUCGUCAGAUAGCCCACAAUUUCCUCCGUCUGUAAUCACCUGAUUUUGUGAAAACCCAAGUUUGAGUUAUUUUAACUCUGAUGUUAACCUUUGACCUUGGCAGGCCAAGAACUGAGCUCAGAUACCCAAUCACCUGUGAGAAACUGCAGCAGCUUGGCUGGAGAGCACAGGUGACCUGGGCAGAGGGGAUCAGACAAACAGGUACAUGCAGAAACACAUGCACACACACACACACACACACACACACACACACACACACACACACAAAGAACCAGAUCAGCUGUUUCCUGUCCCAUGUAAUAUUAUUUUAUAACUGUGUUUGGUCUUACAGUGACGUGGUAUCAGGAGAAUCCAGACUUCUGGUCAGACACAAACAAGGACCGUUGACCAACAGUUAAGUCAUGUGACCUACAAAUAGAGUAGGCUCACUUUGCCCUGUAGCUGGUCUUACAGGACUCUGUCGUGGAUCUGGGCUCAGUGUGCCCUGUAGCUGGAUUUACAAGACUAAAACAGAGGAGUGGGCCCAUUGUGCCCUAUAGGUGGACUCACAGGACUCUAUAUCAUGGAUCUGGGCUCAGUGUGCCAUGCAGUUUGACUUACAGGACUUAAAUAUCGGUUUGGACUCUGUGUGCCCUGCAGCUGGACUUAAAGGAAUCAAAUAUUGGCGUGGGAUCAGUGUUUAGACUCAUGGGACUUAAAUGCAUGAACAUUGAUCAGCAGCUGUUUAUUAUUUUUAGUUCAGGACAACAGGCGCCUCUCUUAACUAAAGUCUUACCUUUAAGUCACAGACCUUUACCUUUUUUUGUUUGUUUGUUUGUUUGUUUUUGUUUAAUUUAUUACCUGAUGUUGAUGUUACAAUGUUACAAUGUCAUGUAUGAUACACUUUUGUUCAAAGCAAUUAAUAUUUGAGAGCAAAUACAACACAACUAAGAACUUGAUGUAGAGAAAUGACUUGAGUAAGGGUCAAAAACUGCUAGAACUGAAAUUGGGCAUAAUGCUGUCAUGCAGUUAGAAGGCAAUGCAAGUGAUGUAUCACAACCAUUAACUCAUAAACCAAAGUGAAUCGCCAACCAAGUCAUCAUUGUCAUUAUCUCCCGCCAUCAUCGUCAUUAGCAUCACUAUCACCAAUAUUCUCAUCACCAUCAUUGGCAUCACUAUCACCAAUAUCCUCCUCCUCAUCAUCAGGUUCAUCAAGUGCUGAAACAUUCACAAAAAGCUGGGUCAAGUGUCUCAAAGUAAAAGGGGACAUUUGUUUCAGUUAUUCUACCACUGAGGAGAAGAGAUGGGCUUAAUUGCAUAGGCGUUCUCUCUUGGAAUUUCCCCCCCUUGGGACUAAUGAAGGAAUAUCUUAUCUAAAGAGCUGAGUCUGGACUUUUUUCUUAAAGGUAGAAAGAGACUCAGUAGAUCUGAUAGAGUUUGGUAAUCCAUUGCACCCCCAGGGGACGAGACAAGAGAAAAGUCUGGCAUACCUGCAGGUAUGCAGGACCUGAUUUUGUGGCAGUUUUUUAGGCAAAAGUAAAGCUUUAUAUUAAUGUUGGCAGCUACAAGAAGCCAGUGGAGAGAGAUGUACAGUGGAGUGGCGUGCUAUUUUGGGUUGGUUUAAAAUCAGAUGUGCUGCUGCAUUCAGGACCAUCUCUAGAGGUUUGACUGUGCAUGCAGGCCUGCUAGUGAGGAGUUGCAGUCGUCAGUUGUACUUUAUUUCUUACACCCUGAGUCUGUUCUUUGCUCUUCAGUUAACCUCAGUGAGCCUGGGACUAGGGCGGGGGGGUGUUUGCUGGCAGGCUUUGUUACAAGAGGACAAGGAAAUGAGGACAGUGAGGAGCAGAGUAUGUUUAUAUCCACACAGAAAGCAUGCAGAACUCAUUAUAAAGCGAGGCAACCAAGACUUCGACAGCCAGCUGAGUUGGCUUGAGGGAUUUGGAACAUCUGUAGAGCAAGCUGUGGGAUGGCAACAGUGAAUUGAAUUAAGAAAUGAUCAGACAAGUGAAGGGGGGUUACAGUGACCUUUGCAGUAGAACAGUUCAGUGUCAUAACUGUUGUACAUAGAAUCAGCCCAGAAUCACACUAGCUUGAUUUCAUUCUUCUGCAUCCGUCUGUUUGAUUUCACUGCAGCAAUCAAUGGAAGAUGUGAACCUCAUCAGCAGAUCUCUCAUACUCUGAUGCAGAAGGAGAGUGAAACUCUGGUGCUCAACCUUGAACAUUAUCUGACAAUGAACCUACCAAUAACAAUUUGAAGCUCACCUUCACUCACCUAAACUGACUCUAGCCUUCUCAUGUCAAGAUGUGAGCAUGUUCUUGAUAGGUGCAUUGAUUUAAUGUUUACCUGAUUUUAUGUGGAAACAAAGUGCACAUAUAAAUAAACAGCUGACUGCAUGUCCAGCAACCUGAACUUUUUAAAGCAUUACAACAUUUGACACAGACACUAAAAUGAUUGAGUUGGUCAAUCCAUUAGCAGAUAUCUACGGAGGGUUUAAAAAACACAGUCUUGUUUUCAGAUCCAAACUUUAUUUGUGGUAAAAUCAGAAUAGAUGCACAGUUUAUUUUUUCCUCUUCGUGCAGUGCUCCUCUUCAAGCAAAGUGCAGCUAAACUAAUACAGAAAGCAAAUACUAACUACAGGCAGGUGGUGCUGUGGGAGGGGGGGGAGGUCUGACCAAUCAGAGCAGAGAUACAGUUGGCCCUGUUUCAUCUCUUUUUAAGUGUCCUGCACAGACACUACACUUGGAAUUCACAGCUCAUAAAUAGCUUCAUUGAAAUAUCACAGUUUUUUUUUAAAGGAGUUAAAAAUUUUGUUCAGGUGUUUCCUGGCUCCUGAUUGGUCAGUGUCCCACCUGAGCACCGACACACUCACCUGAAAAUAUCGGCACAGCACAGCGAUAAGCAUGGUUCAGUCUGUGUGAUAGAGACUUUAAGACGUUCACAGGGAGGGUGUCAGGAAGGAAAAAUUUAAAUCAAAUCUGGUUGGAGAGAAUCUAUUUUUUGUACUGCACAUUUUCAUUUUGUUUUUAUAAAAUGGUCGAUCAGAAAAUAUAAAUUUUAAUCCAAACCUUGGCAUCAUGAUCUCAGAUUGACUUUGCCAAUUGAAAAUGAGGGUAAGUGUUGAUUUCUGGCAACUGAGUCCAAUGAGAGUUUACAGGAAACAUUUUUUUUAUCUAUUUACAUUAACAACUUCAUCAGGUGUUUACAAACAACACAGAACAUAAACAACAAAUAUAAAGAUUUGAAUGUUUAUUUCAGUUUUAAUGAACACACCUGAUCAGUGAGAUGUCUGAGUCUCAGUCUCUGUGUUUGUUUAAGUGCUGCAGAGACGAGCAGCUCGUCUGUCUCUCACAUUUCAAAGCUCACACUAUCCCCGAAAACUCCCUCAUGUCCCUUACUCUGCACUAUCCCUAUCCCUGCACGAGGGGGUGCUGUGUCCAACUCUACAUGUACAAAAAUAAAUACUUUACCUCCAAAAAACUACACACAGCCACACACAAAUCUGUGUGCCAGCAGCUGAAACACACAAACGCACCCACACGCACACACACACACACACACACACACACACACACACACACACACACACACACACACACACACACACACACACACACACACAUAGAGUGACUUUCUAUUAAGCAUGCUGGGAUUUGUAGUCUCUCUGACGCAACAAUAUUAACAUAGCACCAAGGAGUGUUCAAACAUACAUAUAGGUUACCAUGGUGACACUAAUAAUGUAUAGUGGUGACACUAAUGCAUCACCAGGAAUUUAAGGCAUUAAAAGGUUUUGAAAAACUUCAAAAUCUUUGAAAAGUGCAGAUUUGUACAGCCCAGCUUUGAAAACUUUAAAAGUCAAUAAAGGUGACCUGGUUUACAUGUGCUCAUCUGGUUAAACUGUGGUAAUCCAGAUCUGUGAUCAACUUUAUCUACCUGUGAUCACCUGGUCUAGCUGUGGUAAUCCAGACUUUACCUGUGAUCACCUUUAUUUUUCUGUUAUCACCUUUAUCUUCCUGUGAUCACCUGUGUUUGCCUGUGAUCACCUAUAUCUGUUUGUGAUCACCUGUAUCUACCUGUGAUUACUUGUAUCUACAGUUGAGGCAAAAAUUAUUAGCCCCCGUAUGAAAUUUGAAGUUUUUUUCCAAAAUUUUUGAAGUGCUGUUCAACAGAUUAAUGAUUUUUUUACAUAGCUUUUCCAAACAUUCUAGUUUUAUUUUGGAUCCAUACAUUAUUUCACUUUGCACACAGAAACAAAAUUAUUUCACAAAACCAAAAACUACCGGGGUCAAAAUUAUUAGCCCCUUCAAGAAUUUACGUUUUCAUUGGGCCAAAACAAAAACCACUGUUGUGCAAUCAUGUACGUUCACUUUCGAGUGCUCACAGCUUGUAAUCAAUCAAUCAAUUAAGUUAAAACAAAGGGUUGUCCUACACACAGUACAAAAACCUCGUUAGGCAUUUGAGCUGUCACUUGAGAAGGCAUCAUGGCAAAAACAAAAGAAUUCAGUUUAGACUUUAGAAAAAGAAUUGUUUGAUGCUCACAAAGCAGGAGAAGGAUAUAAAAAGUUAUCACAGCAUUUUCAAGUGUCAAGAAGUGGAGUGAGAAGUAUCAUCAAGAAAUUCAAGGAGAGUCACACAGCACAGAACAAGUCUGGGAGAGGUAGCAAGCGAAAAAUUUCAAAGAGACUGGAAAGAAAACUGGUGGGAGAUGUGUCUAAACAACCUAGAACAACCACCAAAACAGAAGUUGGUGACUUAGCCAAGUCAGGAAUUGUGGUGUCAAACAAGACAGUCUCUAGAGCGCUGAACAGAAAUGGACUGUGAGGAUGCAGGCCAAGAAAAACUCCACUUCUACAAGAGACACCUUCAAAUCAGACUGAGGUAUGCUAAAGACAAUCUGGAGAAAGAUUGUUCAAACGUGAGACGUGUUCUUCAGUCAGAUGAGACCAAACUAGAGUUCUUUAGUCACAGAGACAUUGCUUAUGUUUGGAGAAAGAAGGGAGAGGCAUAUAACCCCAAGAACACUGUCCCCACAGUUAAACACGGUGGUCGGAGCAUCAUGCUGUGGGGAUGUUUCGGUGCAUCUGGAACUGGGAAUCUUGUCAAGGUUGAAGGAAUAAUGAAGAAAGAAGGAUAUGUGAAGAUUUUGCAAGAAAACCUCAAGGAGACAGCAGCAAAACUGGGUCUGGGUCGUCGCUUUGUCUUCCAACAUGACAACGACCCAAAACAUGCGGCACUCCUGGUGAGGAGCUGCCUCCAGGAAACCAAAGUGAACGUUAUUGACUGGCCUGCACAAAGCCCUGACUUAAAUCCCAUUGAAAAUCUGUCGGCUGCACUGAAGACCAGGGUCCAUGCUAGUAGACCAUCAAAUCUGGUUGAGCUUGAAAGAUUUUCCAAAGAGGAAUGGGCUGGGAUUCCUCAGGAGAUGGGCCAGAGCCUUGUUACAAACUACAGCAACCGACUGCAUGCUGUUAUCCAGCAAAAAGGACCCACAAUUGACUAUCAGCCUCAGGGGGGCUAAUAUUUUUGACCCUGGUAGUUUUUGGUUUUUGUGAAAUAAUUUUGUUUCUGUGUGCAAAGUAAAAUAAUGUAAGGAUCCAAAAUAAAACCAGGAUGUAAAGAAAAGCUGUGUAAAAAAAUCAUUAAUCUGUUGAACAGCACUUUGGAAAUUUGGGAGAAAUUUCAGAGGGCAGCUAAUAAUUUUGGCCUCAACUGUACCUGUUACCACCUGGUUUAGAUGUGGUAAUCCAGACGAUACCUGUGAUCACCUACAUUUGCCUGUGAUCACCAGUCUAAGCUGCAGCCACUAGUCUUUAACAGUUAACAGCUCUAAAGUUAUUAAGUUCAGAGUGCAGGCGUUGGUUAAUGUUUUACUGUAAACAGUUUCAUUAUUUGUAACUGUUUGAUAUUUUUAUGACAGACUGAGGACAAGACAAGUUUUUGUUUGCUAAUGACUGAAAAGAAUUGUCAAAAAUCUGUUACCAAAAAUGAAUAAUGAAUCACACUUACACAGGAUUUCAAAGUGAUAAUGAUAACAAUCAUGAAAAUAGAUAUAGAUGAGUAAAAUCAAAGCUAACAGAUCAGUUAGUUUUCAAAAUACACACCAAGUUUGCGUGUGUGUGUGUGUGUGUGUGUGUGUGUGUGUGUGUGUGUGUGUGUGUGUGUGUGUGUGUGUGUGUGUGUGUGUGCACGUGCAUGUUUGUGUUUGUGUAACUGUAAAAGUAAAUGUGAGUCAAAGAAGCAAAGACAUUCACGCCUGGGUAUUGAGUGAAAGACUAACAACAUCUAAACAAGUGAACUGGUGAAUGGACAAGUUAACUUAUGACCUAAUCUGAAAACUAACUGGUGUACUCUUAAAUGGUAAAUGGAUAAACAGUAACUCAUGAACAUACGUAUGUACUCCAUAACUAACAACUUAAUUGAAAAACUAGACAGUUAACAGAAGGUUUAAGCAUUGAAACGGAUCGGAUGACCAGUUUACAAACUGAACCACAAAUUAAAUAAUUAACCAGCCACUCAUCAAAAGAUCAACUCAGUUUACAAAUGAACCUACCUGGUAAUUUUCAACCUUACCAGUUGACUAAAAGCAGACAAUUUAACCAUUAAGCUAAUGGACCAACCAGUUAACAGACUGACUAACCUCUUAACUAUAACAACCAGUAAAUCCAUGAACCACCCAGUUGAUUAAAGAACUAACCAGUUUGGUGGUUCAUUUAAGAUCAGCUGUAGUGCAGUGAGGGAUAGAUGGUUUCCUGUCACAGUAACGCAGGUAUGAACCUGCUGCAGGAGGGCUCACCUCUUCUCUUACCCCCUUGACUUUGCUGUUACCUCUCACCUCUCUCACUAUCAAGCUAUAAACCUGACAGGUAAACUGAAUAACUGAAUUUAGUUCAGACUCUUCAAUAAAACUCCAGGAUAGAGUGAGCCAAGUGUUGAACUAGCUGCUUUGCUUUUAAAGACAAUUUUUACACCAGCGAUCUGUUGUCAAUGAGUGUCACUUCAGAGCAAUGUGCUGCAGAGAGUCAUCAACCUGGACACACACACAAACACACAUAAUGUUGGUCUGAGGUCUGGAUAUCAGUCCAGAGUCUGAAUUUUGAUCUGGGGUCUGGAUGUUGGUCUGGAAUCUGGUCUUUUGUCUUAAGUCUGUAUGUCAUUCCAUGAUCUUACAGUUGGUCUGCUUUCUGGAUGUUGGUCUGAAAUAAGGAGUAUCAGUCUAGAUGUGGAUCUCAGUGUCAGCUUCCUCAUCGGUCUGUAAUGAAGGUGUGGAUCUUAUUCUGGUCUUGGUAGUUUAGUCUUGGUAUUUUGGAGUGGAUCUGGGUGUUUUGAUGUUAUUUUGGGGAUUAGUAUGGUUGUUUUUGGGGUUGGACUCAGUGUCAAAUUGGGAUAGGGAACUUUAUGCCAGCUACUGUGUCAUUCUGGGUCAGGAUCUUGAUGAAAGUCUGAUUUGCUCUUGAUGUUAAUCUUGAUUUUCGUUUAGGUAACAGUCUGGGUCUUGUUGAUGGUCUUGACCUUGUUGGUAGUCUGAAUCCUGGUUUAUCGAUUCUAUUUUGGUCUUGCUGGUGGUCAGGAUCUUGAUAUAGGUGUAAGCCUUGAUCAUGGUCGUAGAAACGGUCUUGGUUCACAGUGUUAGUCUUGGUCUUUUGGUGGUCUGGGUCUUUGUUCAUGGUGUCAGUCCAGGUCCUAUUGGUGGUUCAUGGUGUUAGAACGCUCUGAGAAACAGACUAUGAGCUCAGACUGAUCAAUCACAUUCGGGAUGUCAGUUUACUAAACUCCACCUUUAAAAGCUCCUGACCUUUGACCUUUCUGUCACAAAGAAUUUAGGAGGCUUUAGUUUACAGAUUUUGGACAGUAGUUUGUUCAUAUCCAUGUCUUUCCAUGUUCUCAGGGUUUGAAUGCUCUUUAAAAUCACUUAUCAGCCCGACGAGUGUGAGUCCAUCAGAAAGAUGAAAAAUCUUUGAGUUUUUUUUUUUUUUAAAUCUCCGAUUAGGUCAUGAUUUUUUAUAGCCAAGGUUUGAUGUCGUUAAAUUAUUCCACAAAAGAACAAAAAGUUCUACUUUAUAGAUGGCAUUAAGGUAUGUCAUCUUUCCUCUUGGUUAGCUGAUGGGUUUGUGUGGGUUUUUGUCUGUGUUAUGGCUUAAAAUAAAAAUCAAAAAAGAGUGCAGAUUGUUAAAGGCACAGUACAAAAACUAAUGAUCCUCUAAUGUCAGAGUUAGUUUCUCUUCAGACCGUGUGACUGUUCCUGAUGGACAUCUGCCCCAUUUAUCAGGAAAUUAUUCUGCUAAACAUUUUCAGAUAAUAAAACGAAAAUUUUUGUUUUACUCUGUAACAGAGGAAACCCCACAUAGGAUUUAAACCAUCUCCAGAUGUGUUAGAAAUUAUAUCAAACGUGUUUAAAAUCAUAUCACAGCAGAUGUGUUUUGGUCAGGUUUGACAUCUUGCCUUUGUGUAAAAUUUCACAAAAGUAUGAUUGGUGGUUUAUAGCAUGGUGGUGUUUUAUUCACAAACAUGGUGUGUGAUGGUUCUGCAUAAAAACAGGUUGAAACGCAAACUGAAAACAAAAAAUAUGGGAGCAAAAGUAUUUCCUUCAGCUGCUCUGUAAAUAUGGUCCUCCAGAGUUCCUAAAAAAAAACCUCAACUUUCAUUUUACGUGUUUUUUUUUUUUCUUUCACUGUGCACUCGCUAAAGAAGAAGCCAGUUUGAAGCCAGUUUGAAGCUAGUUUGAAGCCGAUGAGUCAGUCUGAGGCUGGAGUGAAAAAUUAUCAAAUUAAGUCAAAAGACAAAACCGAGCACGUCCUGAUUUCAGAUUUACAGACAGAGAAAUUCAACAGAACAGGUGACUGCACAGGAGGAUAUAUCAAUGAGUAUAAAUAGUUUAAUAACAUGCAGAGGGCUCUUAUGAGGAGGAGGAGAAGGGGAGAAGGACACCAGUGAGGAAACAAGACAAAGAGACAAUGAGAGAUGAAGGAGAGAAGGAGAUAUGAAGGAGAGAUGGACACAUAAAGAAGACAAAAAAGAAGACCCUAGUUUCCCCACCAGUCCACUUGAGAGUGUGAGUAGUUUCCUCCGUAUCCAUCGCUGGUGUAGAAGUUACUAAAACCCCCUGACAGGAAACAGACAGAAGUUCAGAAAAGAAAAGUCCUCCUGAGCAGUGAGCUUAGCUAUUGUAACAGAGCUGAGUGAAUUUUCUUGAGCGACCUUCACUGUGAACCUAAAUCUACCUCAACUAUCACAUCCUCUUUCCCCUAUGGUACUGCUGACCCUCAGGUCCUUACCUCCUCCAAAGCCUCUGUUUCCUCCAUGUCCUGCCUGAUUUCGACCUCCUCGUCCUCCAAACCCUCCAGCAUUUCCUCCUGCAGCUGUCUGACGGUAAUCACGAGCCCCGAAACCUCCAGAAAACCUGGAGAAGAAAUACCAAACAGAGUGGGACAUCACUUCAGGUGGACAAACCCUUCAUAAAAUCUUUAAGGACAGUCCAUAGAAACAAAAACCUGCAGGGAGCCUGGAGGAGGAACAACAUCAACUGUGCGCUUCAGCCGAACCACUAAUGAUCCUCUAAUGUCAGAAUUUGAUAUGACUUCCUUUCUGCAUUGGUCUAAGAAAGUGUGUGCGUGUGUCUGUGUGUUGGUACCUCUUGGAGCGCCCCCUGUUGCUGCUCUUGUGCUGGUGCUCAUAAGCCAGACUCUCCAGCCAUGAUGGCACUUCUUGUUUGGCCUCCACCAGAAUGUCCAGCAGGUCCUUAGUGAUGUUUCCGUUUUUAUCAUUAAAGAAGGACGUGGCCAGACCUA